GUCUUAUUUCGGAAUCUCCGUCAAAUUUCACCCGCCAAAACUCGAAAGCGCAACCCCACCAUCUUCUCUCGACCAGUCUGUCGGCGCAGUCCGUCGAUUCUUCCUCUCGCCCCCUUUUCCUCUCGCGCGCGGAGCAGCGAUAAGGAGGGCGCUUUUUUUGCUGCAUUCGCCCUCGCAAAGUGCGAUUCUUUGAUGCCUGUUUUCCCCUAGAUCCUGAAUCAAGAUUGGUCCUUCCGAGAGCGCUUGCGGCCGAGAGCUCAGAUCCGGAGGAUUUCCUGGCUAGGACGAGAUGUACGGGAGAAAGGCGAGCCAGUUGGUGAAGGAACUCACUGGCGGCGAGAAGGGGCAGCUCAGGCCUUUUAAUGAUGACUUAUUUAAUCAAGUAAUUAAAGAAUGUAGUUCACAUCAUGUUGGGCUUCAGGCCUUGUUCAGGAAUAUGCAAGAGGAAGGCUUGGAUAUCCAAACAACCAGAAAUGCAGAUUACUAUGGUGCACUGAUUCAUCAUCUUUCUCUGACCCGGAAUAAACGCUGCCUAAUGGCAUACAUGUGCAAUAGAGCAGAUGUUAUUCGAAGUUUGAGGUGGAAGUUAGGGCGUGUGCUUCCCAAUGAACUCGUUACGAAGUUAAGCAACUCUGAGAAGGAGUACUUUAAGGGUUACUCUGCUGCUCUGGAUGCAUAUAUGAAUGAAAUGAAUCUGGAUUUGACAGUGGAUAUGGUGCCACCGAAGGAUCCGUACAUCCAGGUUAGAGUUCUUGAUGAUAUAGGUGAAGUGUUGCUCACUGACCGGUCUGCCAAUCUUGCUCGCUACUCGAUGCACUUUCUCAAACGAACUGAUGCUGAACAAUAUAUUUGUCAGGGUUUAAUGGAGGAACUCUUGAGCUGACCAACGGAGUUAACCCAGUCCACGCAUUCUCGAUGGGCAGCCACAGGCUCUCUAGCUGAACUGCAGUUGCAUUGUGCCGCUGCUAUGAGCAUGAGCUAAGCAGUUGGUGGAAAAACAAGCAGAAGUGAGUCAGUCCAGAAUACUGAUUAUCUUACCUGGUCAGACAGCUGGACAUAGUUGACAAUGCCCUAGAGAAAAGAUCAGACGUGAUUACUGGUUUAACUUGCAGAAAUAAGUGUAAAUCAUUCUAGCAAUGAAGUGACAUACUGCCUAAUUUUUCUGCUUUUGGCUUUCAGCAGAAGAACGCAAUGGCUUUUUAGCUAUAGUAGAACUCAUUUAAGAGCCAGCAAAAAUAUGAUCACCACAGAUGUACAAAUACAUGAAACUUUGGAUGUACUUGAGAGUGCUGUUAGCAGGACGGAUUACUCAAUAAUGGUGAAUUAUUGUAUCUUUUCAAUAGGCUUUGUGCAAAUGAAUGAUUUUGGUCCC